UUAUCCGUUGUGGCUUGAAAAUGGGAGGCAGAGCCGAAUUGAGAAUAACCAACCGGAAAUAACCGAAUAACUUCCUAACCAACUAACUUUGCCUCCACAUUCGCAAUCGCAUUUCAAUGGACCCCAACGACGACGUUUACUCAGACACCCUCAAUGGCUCCGACGACCACGCCAAUGACUCACUGGAACCUUUCUCCGCCUCCGCUCCCGCUCUCUGCGAUCCUCAACCGCCUCCGCUCCCUCUUUAUAGUCCUCCCUCCGCCAAGCUACGCCGCCGCUCCGUUUGCCCCCCAUCUCUCUUUACGGAAUCUACGGACACCGCUUCCCGGAGCGAAAUCAUCGAUGACGACGACGCCAGAAAGAGCUCCCAAAAGCAUCAUCGGAACCUCCUAAAAUUGAAGGAAAUCAAGGCCUCCGAAUUUGAGGAGAUUCCCGCGAAACCUAUUUCGAUUCAAGAGAAAAAGGUUCCUCCUUUUCCAUCUGCGAGUAUUGUGACCAAAGAGAAACGCGAGGAAUCGACGUUAACCACAGCUGUAUCUGCAAAAGACGAUGUUUUUGCUGAUUCCGCUGACUCCUCUGAGGUGCCGAGGCUCGUCGAUUCUCCUCCGUCGAAUACGCUAGAAUAUGCAGCGGGAUUUUUAAUUAGGGCAAUUUUGUUUCAAAUCAAAAUCUUGAUUUGGUUAAUAAAGUUUCCAUUGUGGCUCACUGUCCACACUUGCAUGUUCAUCGUGGACCCUUUCGGAACAUGGAGAAAGGGUAUUCGUUUUUCGACUCAGGUUUUGGGUUGUGCCUUUGGGUUCGUUGGUAUUCCAGCUCGGGUAAUUUUUAAGGAUCAGAAAGCAUUCUGGAACGUUGCGUUUAGGUGUGGAUGGGGGUUCUUGUGGUCUAUGGUCGUGUGUUGUGUUCUGUUUGCUCUUGCUGUUUCCUCACUUGUUUUUAGUGGGUUUGUGGUCAGCGGGUUAGCGCAGAAGCCAACCCAAUUGAUAAAAGGUUUCAACUUUGACUACACCAAGCAGAGUCCUGUGGCAUAUGUGCCUCUAAUAUCGUGUGCUGCUGUUGUUGGUGGCCAUGAUUCAGUGAAGGAAAUUGCAGCUAGUAAGUGGGUGGGUCAAAGGGUGUUACCUCCUAAACAGAAUGUGCAGGUUACUGUUUCAUUGGAAGUGCCCGAAUCAGGUUACAAUAGAAAUCUUGGGGUAUUUCAGAUCAGAACAGACUUCUUAACAUAUAGUGGUAAAACAAUUGCAAGUUUGAGCCAACCUUGCAUGUUAAAAUUUAGAAGUGAACCUAUCCGGCUAAUGACGACUCUAGUCAAUAUUCUUCCUCUUCUUACUGGUUAUGCAUCAGAAACACAGACUCUGGAAGUGAAGAUAAGGGGUUUUGUUGAAAGGGAGGAACCUACUUCGUGCUUAAGAGUAACCCUUGAGCCACGAUCAGAGUAUAUACAUGGUGCUGGCCUUCCUCAAAUAUAUGAUUCAUCUGUGGUAAUUGAGGCACAACUCCCAUUUUACAAGAGGAUCAUAUGGAAUUGGAAGAUAAGCUUAUUCAUAUGGAUUGCAAUGACAACAUUUUUUGUGCAGUUUCUGUUUCUCCUAGUGUGUUGUUGGCCGUUCAUUAUUCCAAGAUCCAGGCAAAGGAGAGGUCCUGCUCCCCGUAAUGGUAAAUAAAGUAAAACAUUCUUCACCCUCCAUUUUUUUUUCUCCUAACAGUGUAAAGCUAGCAUGUUCUGACAUGUUGAAUUCAUUUUUUCUUCCAAUUUUCCUUUCCUAUCAGCAGUGUAUACAUGUUUUAUUUCACAUUACAUUAUGUAAUUUAUAAUAAAAUAUAGAGAGUACUCUUCAGUCAAAGAA